GAUAUAUAGUGUGUGAAACAGGUUAGAUAUUUUUAUUAUUGUACGUGAUAUUUUCUAGCUACAUUUCAGUUGGACUCCUUUCAGUUUCUUGAUGGAAAGAUUCCGUUUUUUUUUUAUUAACUGAAGAUAAUAAUACAUUUAGACCCACUGUGUUUAAUAAUGUCGUAUGCUCCACAACCCGUCGCCUCUUCUGUCAAAUUAUCAAAACAACCUAAAUGAACAGUGCUACGUGAGAAUCUACUGCGAACGCACUGAUUGGCGCCGCUGUCAAUCACCUCCUAGGCUGGGCGGGUUCGCGUCAGCAUGUGUGGUUACUGAGCGAGGUCCACUGUUUGGCUUGGCUUGACAAGUUUCCCUUGAUGAUCAUGGGGGUAGGAGUGAGUUGUUAAUUGACACAUCAAUACAAAGUUGCAGAUCUCUUUCCGCGUGUUUCAACGACUCUUGGGAGCCAACGUGUUGGCAAAUGUAGUACCGCAAGAAGUUGGAGAUUUUGCCCAUGAAAAGCAAGUGAACAGCCGGUUAAAGUCUCAUAUUGGGAAGCCAGACACAACAGUAAGGAUGAACAGCUUGUCUUUUGACGAUCCUUCGCUGGAUACUCUGGAUCCAACGUUGUCGCUGAAUGAUCCCAGCGAUAUCGACACGGUCCUCUUAAGCGACAUUGAUGACAUGCUACAGCUCAUCAACAACCAGGAGAUGGAGUUUGGAGGGCUGUUUGAUAACCCUCCGUACACAGCACCUCCUCCCAGCCGAGAGCUUCCUGGUUUGACCCAGUCCAUCGCCCCAGUCACCCCUCUGAGCACCACCACCGCCACACCUCCAUCAUCCUCCUCCUCUAUCCUCAGCAGCAGCCCCCACUUGGAUGCACUUCUCGGCCCUCCCAUCACCCGGAGUUCAUCCACCCCAGACAAGGCCUUCCAGCCUCCCACAUUCCAGCAGUCUCCCCUGGCUCAGGUGCCCAACAGCACCCAGAGGCCGCAGCCAUCCUCCCCACAGCAGCCUCUGGCCAUGCGGCAGGCCAAAGUGGAGCAGCCCCAGCCCAUUCUCAGCCCAUCUGCCUCGUCUCAGUCGGCUUCACCUCAUGGCUCACCAGGAUCAAACCUUGCUUUCGGAUCCACACCGCAGGCCCUCUUCACCUCACCGACGCCACAGACUCCACCACAGACACAACCACAGCUCCAGGCCCAGACUCAGCCCCAACCAGCCCGGACCAACUACAGCAACCAGAACAGCUUCACAGCUGGCAGUCCCAGCAGCGUGAGCCAACCAGCUGCCAGCUUGUCGUCCUCUCCUCCGAGCAUUCAGCCAGUGGCAAUCCAGACUCAGCUCCAGGGACUGACCACCGCCUCUCCUCUCCUGACCACGACAGCGAGCCCACCAGCUCAGACCAUCGCGCCCCACGUUCAGCAAGUACCUGUGCUGCUGCAGCCUCAGUUCAUCAAGGCUGAGUCUCUGCUGCUGACCACUCUGAAGCACGACCCCUGCAUGGUCACUACCAUGGCCUCUCCCACGUCGCUGGCCACCACCACCCCAGUACAGAGCACUUCACUGCAGGCCUUUAUGGGUGGUGGCACCAUCCUGACAACAGUACCUGUCAUGGUAGAUGCUGAGAAGCUGCCCAUAAACCGCAUAGCCAUCAGUGGCAAACCGGCAGGCCAGCCUCACAAGGGAGAGAAACGCACGGCCCACAACGCCAUCGAGAAACGCUACCGUUCCUCUAUUAAUGACAAAAUCAUCGAGCUCAAAGAUCUGGUGGCUGGAACUGAGGCCAAGCUCAACAAGUCUGCAGUCCUAAGGAAGGCCAUUGACUACAUCCGCUACCUGCAGCAGUCCAACCAGAAACUGAAGCAGGAGAACAUGGCUCUGAAAAUGGCAGCACAGAAAAACAAGUCGCUCAAGGACCUGGUUGCCAUGGAGGUGGACGAAAAGGCUGAUGUGAAAACCGAGCUGCCCACCCCGCCGGCCUCUGACGUCGGCUCUCCCACCUCUUUCUCACACUGCGGCAGUGACUCAGAGCCUGACAGUCCAGUUGGGGAGGACACCAAGCCGAAUGUGGGCGUCCUAGACAGAGCGGCAGCAGGAGGUGGUGCUGGUGGGAUGCUGGACCGAUCCCGCAUGGCGUUGUGCGCCUUCACCUUCCUCUUCCUCUCCCUCAACCCUCUCUCUGCUCUGCUCUGCUCCUCUGGCAGCAGCUCAGCAGAAGGGGCUGCAGCUACGGCCACUCACCACGCAGGAAGGAACAUCCUGGGUUUAAAGUCCGACUCGUGGGGCUGGAUGGACUGGAUGCUGCCGACGAUCCUGGUGUGGCUGCUGAACGGUAUUCUUGUCUCAGGAGUUCUGAUCCGACUGUUAGUGUAUGGAGAGCCCGUAACCAGACCUCACUCAGGAUCCUCUGUUUUGUUCUGGAGGCACCGCAAGCAGGCUGACCUGGACCUAGCAAGAGGAGAUUUUGCCCAGGCCAGUCAGAACCUGUGGACUUGUCUCAAGGCUCUCGGUCGACCCUUACCCAUCUCCCAGCUGGACCUGGCUUGCUCUGCUCUCUGGUCUCUGCUAAGAUUCUGCCUCCAGCGUCUGUGGGUGGGCCGCUGGCUGGCUGCUAGAGCUGGAGGGCUGAGAUCAGACCGCCCCCUGCAGGAAGAUGCCUGCAAGAGCAGCCGUGACGCCGCCCUUGUUUACCAUCGCCUACACCAGCUUCACAUGACAGGUAAGCUGAAUGGUAGCCACCUGUCAGCGGUGCACAUGGCUCUGAGUGCGGUUAACCUGGCAGAAUGUGCCGGCUCCUGCCUGCCUGUGGCCUCUCUGGCCGAGGUCUACGUCUCUGCAGCUCUACGGGUCAAAGCCAGCCUGCCGAGGAUCCUGCAUUUCACCUCUCGUGUGUUCCUGAGCAGUGCCCGCCAGGCGUGCCUGUCGUCCAGCGGCAGCGUGCCUCCAGCGAUGCAGUGGCUCUGUCACCCACUGGGUCACCGCUUCUUUGUGGAUGGGGACUGGGCUAUUCGCAGCACUCCUAAAGAAAGCAUCUACAGCCAGGCUGGAAACACUGUGGAUCCUCUGGCCCAGGUCACUCAGGCCUUCAGAGAACACCUCCUGGAGAAAGCUUUGUACUGUGUGGCUCAGCCCUGUGGAGAGAAAAGGCCCAACCAGGGUGAAGGGGAGUAUGCUGAUGCUCUGGAGUACCUCCAGCUGUUGAUCAGUGCGUCAGAUGCUGCAGGUGCCACCUCUCAGUCCUUCGCUAUCGGCUCCAACAUGGCCACCGUGACAGGUUGCGACCCUCAUUCCAAGUGGUGGUCCUCUGUUGCCGUCGUGAUCAUCAACUGGCUCCAAGGAGAUGACGCUGCUGCAGAGAGACUGUAUCCCACCGUUGAGCACCUGCCCCGCAGUCUGCAGAACGCAGAGAGUCUCCUGCCCAAGGCGUGUCUGAACACAUUCAGGGCGGUGCGAGCUCUGCUGUCCAAGCCAGAAAACUGCCAGCAGAGUCUAAGCUACAGCGACAAGGCCAGCACCCUGCUCCGAGACAGCCUCAACCUGGGACCGCACUGCCACAGCUCCAGUUUAGACAAGGUUGUCCAGUUGCUCUUGUGCGAUCUCCUAUUGGUCAUGAGGACGAACGUGUGGCGUCUGCAGCAGCAACAGGGGGCUGGUCCUGUUGGGUCAGGGCCUGUGGGUACCAGCAGCCCUGCAGGGGUCCAUCAGGCAUCCCCACCAGAGCUCCAAGGCUUUCAGCAAGAUCUCAGUUCACUACGCAAACUGGCACACAGCUUCAGACCUGCAAUGAGAAGAUUGUUCCUCCAUGAAGCUACAGCCAGACUGAUGGCAGGGGCCAGCCCCACCCGCACGCAUCAGCUCCUAGAUCGCUCGCUGCGACGCAGAGCGACGCCCGGAGCCAAGACAGAGGAGUUUGAGACGCGGCCCGGCCAGCGGGAGCAGGCGGAGGCCGUGAUGCUGGCAUGCCGCUACCUUCCUCCCUCGUUUCUGUCAGCGCCGGGCCAAAGGGUGGGCAUGCUGGCGGACGCGGCCCGUACGCUGGAGAAGCUGGGAGACAAGAGGACCCUCCACGACUGCCAGCAAAUGAUUAUCAAGCUGGGCAGCGGCACCACCGUCACCAACAGCUAGAGCGACGGGAGGCAGGGAAAGGAGCGUGGACACUGAGUAUGGAAGCAUCUUUGACAGUAGAGAGAACUCCUGCAGCCACAGUACCACAGUCUUUGGUAUUUUGGUGAACAGAUUCAUUAAAUGUCACAUUUUCAUAUCAAACUUUCAGGACUUUUCUUGGAUUGUCCCCUCCUUACCACCUACAUCCCCCCAACCCCACAUCAGAAGGCACUUGUAGAGUUUACGCUCUUUGCUGUGGAUUUUAACCAGAGUUUAAGAAGUCCUCUUACUGAGUUGAACCCACACUUAAAAAUGCAGUGCAGUGCCGCAGUUUGACCACAGGGAGGAGCCAUCACCGCUCAGUGUGAAUGAUAUGUGAGUGAGGCAUGACAAAGAAAUAUUCGCCCUGCAUUUAUACAACAAACUCCCACCUUAAUCUUCUGACACAGAUGCGCCUUUUUCCAGCCAAGUGGGAGCGUUGGGGCGCUCUGAUUGGCUGCAGAGUGGGACGUCUCUGUCUGUGGGAGGAAAACGACCAAAUUCAAACUGGUCCGACCUCAAGCUUGUUCAGUGGGAAGCCGCUCCACAGGUUCUAAUUGUGUAGAAAGGCAAUUUGAAUCAUGUUUCACUGAUGAUCUGAGGCGUGGUGACUCGCUGCACGAGCUCUGUGACUUUUCUGCACUAGCCCUGUGUGGCUGAUUUCAAUGAGAUGAGAAAAAAAUGGCUUUAUGAGGUUAUUUUCAUAGAGGUCGUUUUCUUUUUUCUUGCCGUGUACAUAUUUUAAUAUGUAUUUAUAAUCUGUAUGAACUUUAAUUAAGCAGUAUUUUGCAUAAGAUGAGUGAAAAAUUCUUCUUUUGUUCCCUUGAAUUUGUUCUAUUUGGUAGCUUUCAACCAGGCCUAAACAAUGAAGUUACUGUACUGUAUUAAAAUGGCAACAAGUGUCAAACGGAGGCGGUGUCAUGAUAUUUGCAUCAUUCAGACUCAGUUGCAUUUGCACUGUUGCACAAAAGCAACCAUGAGGAAUUGGCGAUGUCCAAAUUGGGCAUAAAAAAGAAGCUAUUGCAGGAAUUUUCCACAAGUCUCGGAAGUCGUGCAGCCAUUUUUGAAAGUCAUAAUUGACUGAGAUUCUUUCCAAAGAGGGCCUGUUGUGAACUUUCAGUGUUUUCUUUGUAGCUCCAACAUAAGAGCAGUACUUGCUCUUCCAGUCAUCAUAGUUUCAUACCCUUACAGAACCACCAUUCAUGGAUUUUUAGAAAACUGUAAAAGACAUUUUCAGCAUGUGUUUGUGUCUAAGGACCAGUAUGUUUUUAUAGUGUGUCACUAAUGUGAAAGACUGCAAGUCAGCAGAGUGAGAUGACUGAGACCCACCCUCUGUUAUCUCUUCCUCAUUCUUCACUUUCAACCUUUGAUGAUGUAAAUAUUAAAACAUUUUUCUAAAGAAUUA